AUGCGUUUCACUGCUACCGCCGCUACUCUGGCCAUGGCCACCACCGUCUCUGCCCACGCUCAGGUCUACGGUCUCUGGGUUAACGGAGAGGACCAGGGUGAUGGUCGCAACACCUACAUCCGAUCUCCCGCCAACAACAACCCCGUCAAGGACCUCACCACCGCCGACAUUGUCUGCAACGUCAACGGUGGCAAGGCCGCUCCCAAGUUCGCCAAGGCUGCUGCUGGUGACGAGCUCACCUUCGAGUGGUACCACAACGAGCGUGGUGACGAUAUCAUCGACGGAUCCCACAAGGGUCCCAUCAUCACCUACAUUGCUCCCUACACUGAGGAUGCUGGCACUGGUGCUAUCUGGACCAAGAUUGCCCAGGAUGGUGUCAACGGUGGUGAGUGGGCUGUCGACAAGCUCAUCAAGGACAAGGGUAUGGCCAAGGUCACUAUCCCCUCUGCCCUCAAGGCUGGCAAGUACCUGAUCCGCCAGGAGAUCAUUGCCGGUCACGAGGCCAACGUUGCCUUCUCUGAGGAUUCCGCCCGUGGUGCUCAGUUCUACCCCUCUUGCGCCCAGGUUGAGAUCACUGGAUCCGGCACUGCCGUCCCCGACCAGGACUUUGACUUCAACACCGGCUACAAGUACACCGACAAGGGUAUCGUCUUCGAUGUCUACGGUGGAGCCAGCUCUUACGACUUCCCCGGCCCCGCCGUCUGGGAGGGUUCUUCCUCCGGUUCCGGUUCCGGCUCCGGCUCUGCCCCCGCUCCUACCUCUCCCGCCGCUCAGGAGACCUCCGCUGCCGCUGCUCCUACUCCUACCUUCGAGACCGUUGUCAAGCCUUCCGAGGAGGCCGCUGCCCCUACCCAGGCUCCUUCCACCCCCGUCACUCCUCCCAAGACCGGCUGCUCUUCUCGCCGCCGCCGUGCUCGCCGCGCUGCCCGCAACGCUCUGUAA